CAUCUCUGGGUAGAGUUGUUUAAAAGAUGGCGGCCUGGUUCCCUAGAUCCUUAGAUUAUAGGGAUUUUGCGUGUGGCUGGUUGUUAGGAUUUGCUUAAAUCACAAACAGAGAUGAAAAUUACCGUCUGCCACUGUCCACCGUCAUGGCGCCGUUGUUGUGGAGUUUUCGAGGAAAUUUUAACCGGUUUUUACUUGACAUACAAGUAUUACAAUACCUAAUCGUGUUUUUCGGGCUGUUCAAUUUGUCUCUGUGCCUUUAUGAAGAUCAAGUUGGCAAAUUUGAUUGGAAACAAAACUACGUAGGCAGGAUUAAGUUUGCCAGUUUCGACACUGUAUCAACAGCGAAGAAGAUCAUUGUAGCAACCGAGGAGAACGUUGUUGCUGCAUUGAAUCUUAAAUCAGGUCAGAUAUUAUGGAGAAGAGUGCUGGAACAAGGAUACACAGGAAGGAUACAUGCGUUGCGAAUUAUCGCAGAUGGAAGCCUUAUUUCUGUAAACGGUGGCGUUCCUGCAAUUGUGCGUGCCUGGGAUCUGGCUACUGGUAAUAUUCUAUCAGAAUGGCCCAUUGCUGAACAAAACCCUGAUAGGAUAGGAGAGGAAAAAUGGUACAUAGCGGAGGAUGGAGUGGUUCAUCAUAUCAUGCUAGUUCAUAGCAGCGGAGUAAAGGUAGAGGUGAAAUCAUAUGCCAGUUUGACUGGCGAAAAAUUGAGAAGUAAAACAAUUCCGGCUCCGGUUAUAAGCCAAGACACGAGUUGUGUGGUGGCAGUACAGUCUCUGGUUUGUUUGAGAGGAGACGACUCCUUAGCUGUACUUCUUAAUGUACCUCUCUUUGACGAUACCGCACAACCAUGGAUGGUUACAAUUAAUACAAUAUUUGGAGCUGGAGUGCAAGGUCCGUUUCAGCUGACAGCUGUGCCAGGAGACGACUCGGUACUCUCAGUGAGUGCAGAUAAUAACCAAAGAAAGAGAAUCGUUGUCGUUAAAGAGUCACCGAUUCCCAUACAGAGGGAUAUAAGUGGCGAUGCAACGCUGUACGUCACGUUAGCAGACAAUCAGAACAUUCUAUUGGAAACAACAUAUGAGAAUGGAAUGACGGAAGUUAAGGCAUGGGAGCUCGAGUCAUCGAAUCCUAUACCAAACUUAUCGGUUGCAGUAUUGCAUUCAUCACUGUAUUUCCCAACUAUUAUGGCAUCGGUUUGCCCACGUCAAGCAAAAGGAAUAAUGUGUCGGCAUUUAUUGUCAUCGGAAGAUCAUGGUGUUGCGUUGCUACAGCAUAGUAAACUUGUGUGGGCACGAGAAGAAGCUCUUGCUGGCAUCGUUAUUGUAGAGUUGGUGGAACUCCCAAUGUCCGACAGAGAUCAAGCUAUCGAAACAGAAUUCGACCAGAAAGAAAGUAUCGAUGUAAGCGGUUCAUGGGACGUCAUGGGUAUGAUGCUACGCAGGAUCAGUUCUCAAUUCAAUCAGUUAAGAACAUUUCUGCAGUCCUCUUUGAAUUUCACUCCUCAACAGUCUGAUCGAAGAGUGGAUCUGGUGAGGGACAAGUUUGGUUUGCAUAAAAUGAUCGUCGUAGUGACCACAGCUGGAAAGCUGUUCGGGAUCGAGACGAAGAAGGGAGAAAUUAUCUGGCAGCUGCGCGUGCCGAAUAUUCGCGGAUUGUCGAAGGACUCCGACAAUAUGAUCCUCUACGUGCAACGAGGCAGCCGUCAUUUCCCGCACCCUUCUCAGUGUGCUUUACUCGCUGCGGAUAAGGAAACCGGCGAAGGCGUCAUUUUCACGUUCAACCCUAUAAUCGGGCAGCCCUUGGGAGGCGCCAUCAAGCUGGGAUAUAAAGUGAAACAGUCGAUGCUGCUGCAUGCCACUACGGAGGACUUCCUGAGGGGGAUCUUGGUCCUCGACAACAGAGACCGAGUGCACGUAUUCCCAGAAAGUGCGACCAGCGUCGCCGCCAGUGUCGGGAAACACGUCUACAUGUUCACAGCUGACCGAGAGACCGGCGUGCUCGCUGGGUAUUCUCUUUCCUACAGUACACCGCAGAACCUGGUUGCCCAUAAAGUUUGGGAAGUGGUCCUCUCGCCGAAGAAUCAGCUGAUCACGAACAUCGUGUCGAAGAAUCCCAUCGAGCGAGUGCACUCGCAAGGUCGGGUCUUGGGAGACCGUUCGGUUCUGUACAAGUACAUCAACCCCAACUUGGUGGCUGUUGUCACCCAGGGUGUCGGUAAUGUUCAUAAAAAUACGCUCAGUCUGUACCUGUUGGACGUCGUCUCGGGGGCUAUGGUAUUCUCCGUGGCUCACAAACGAGUACGUGGACCCGUCCACGUGGUGCACUCCGAGAACUGGCUGGUUUAUAGCUACUUUAACGACAAAAGUCGCCGCACCGAGAUCGCCACUUUGGAGCUUUACGAGGGGAAGGCGCAGAGCAAUACCACAGUGUUUUCAUCGCUGGCCACCACGAAGCUGCCGAUCAUCGAGAGGCAAGCCUUCAUAUUCCCGGCUUCGAUAGAGUCCAUGCGAGAAACUAUCACGGAAAAGGGAAUCACCAAUAAACAUAUUUUGGUGGGCUUGGCUAAUGGAGGCGUCCUGGAAUUACCGUGGGUCAUGGUGGACCCUAGGAGGCCCAUCAACCCCGAGAUGAGGGAGGAAGGAGUGAUCCCCUACAUGCCGGAAAUUCCCAUUCACAUGGACGGCAUAAUCAAUUAUAAUCAGAGCAUUGCCAGGAUACCGGGCAUACACACGAGUCCCAGUGGCCUUGAAAGUACCUGUUUAGUUUUUGUACAUGGUCUCGAUUUGUUCUACACUCGAGUAGCUCCUUCCAAGACCUUCGACGUCUUGAAGGAAGACUUUGACUAUUACCUUAUCGUCAUUGUUCUGUCGGCGCUGUUGAUAGCGUCAUAUGUGACCAAAAAGCUGGCCUCCCAGAAGGCUCAGAAACAGGCAUGGAAAUGAUGUCUAGACAUUUCUAUCCGAGGCAACGUCCAGGGACGUAACGUCACGUUAACAUUCUCACUGUUCGAGGUCGGUGACACUACCGUUUGUUAAAGGUAAUUUGUACGAUAUACCAUGUUUUUUCAUAAACGACCGCUGUAAUGGAAAGUAUACACUGAUACUUAGCGAACUUACCCAAAGAUCAUUAAAUAAGUACAUAGGCGUAUACUUAAAUUUUUCAUCGGCACAAAGCUUAUGGCAAUAUGCAUAAACACGCGUUUGUAUAGAGUUUAGGGCUCGGAUAGUCUAGCGUGUAAUUUUCCUCCCCCCACGGUUUUGUCAUCUCGAAUUGUAACGUAAACGUUUAUACAUAGCUGUUUAACUCCGUUGUUAUAGUCGGGGUAAAUCGUCAUUAAGUUAAUAGAAGAGAGAUAUAACACGCGAAUAGGAUACGUAAUAUAUUGAAUAAAAUCGUGUGUACAUACUGGGUCUUUGUAUUCACAUGUCGGUUGUUUUCUCUUCGAUGUAGGUUAAUAUUGUUUCUACGUUCUCCCGAUACUCAUCCUGCGUACUGGAAUCCAGACUCUGGGGACCGAUAAGACAAACAUUGUAACGGGGACUCUCGAUCUGCAGUUUGGUUAAUGUACAAUUGAAGUGAGAAAAUGACGAGCGA